AUGGCCCUGGGCCCUUUCGUUUACGUCAUCGGCCCCGCCCCUUGCCGAAAACCUCUGGAGCAGGGUUACCUGGCUACAGUGGUGGCAGAGGUCAUUGCUUUAUUGGAAGUGGAGCCAGGAGGGAGAGGAUUAGGGCAGUUCCCUGUGGGGAUCACCACUCCGAAGAUCCUGUCUACUUACCAGAGACUCAGGGUCCUGAGGUAUGAGCAAGCCACCACAAGGCUUCAGAUGUUGGAAGAGAAGUGGCUGCUGACUGAGAAGAAGCAACGGCAAAAGCGCCAAGAGUUCCUCAUGGUUCAGGACAACCCUGACGAUUCCCGGCGGUGCCGGCGGCUGGGGCGGCGGCGGAGGGAGGAGCUCCUUCCGGCCGACCCCAGCCCUGGGAACCCUUUCCUCAAGGAGAAUGUGCCAGAGGCACACCUGUGCUCUAGUGCCCACGGUGCCCCGAGUACUGUAAGCUGUGCUGGAGAUGACAAUAGUGAGCGAAGACCUGUCGUGUCGUCGCCAGAAGAGGGGGACAAUACAGAGGCGGACGAGGACGACACCACAUCCCAGGAUGUCGGAGACCGCACUAUAGGGCCAAACCCUGCAAUGGAUGGUUAUCAGGGAAGUGGAAAUUGGGCCUUCCACAAGGGCGACGACCUGGAAGAGAAGAAAGAGAAGUCGGAGUCUAUAGGGAGGAACACCCCAGCGGCAGCCGACGAGGAGGUGUCCGGAUCCCUGGGAAGCAAGGACGACACACACAGCCAAGACAUGGAGAGCGCUGCCUUCCAGGAGGUGUCCGGAUCCCUGGAAAGCAAGGGCGACACACACAGCCAAGAUAAGGAGAGCGCUGCCUUCUUGGCGACCCUCUCCCCAGGCCCUCCGCUGGGCGAGGACAUGAGGUCUUAUGUGCUGCGGCCGGCGCUCCGGGGCCACGUGAUGCAGUGCUGCAUCACCCGCAGGCGUGGGUUGGGCAUGUUCCCCUCCUACUACCUCUAUCAGAAUGUCAACGAGAACCUGAAGUGCUUCCUCCUGGCUGGGCGAAAGAGAAAAUGGAGCAAAACCUCUAAUUACCUCAUCACUCUGGACCCCACAGACCUUUCUCGGAAGGGAAACAACUUUGUGGGCAAAGUCAGAUCCAAUGUCUUGGGCACCAAGUUUGCCAUCUUCGACAACGGGAUGAAUCCCCAACGGAACAAUGUGGACCCUGAUGCUGUCCGGAUCAGACAGGAGCUGGGAGCUGUGUGUUACGAGGCUAACAUCUUGGGACGGCGGGCGCCUCGGAAAAUGACAGUGAUCAUCCCGAGAGUGGACAGACAGAACCAGAGAAUCCGCGUCCAGCCACAAAACGAGCACCAAUCUUUACUGAGUCACUUAAAACGCGGGACUCUCCGAGGGCUGGUUUUGAUGCGCAAUGAAACCCCGACGUGGAGCCAAGACAGAAAUCUCUACGAGUUGGAUUUUCGUGGUCGAGUCUUUCAGGAAUCCAUGAAGAACUUCCAGAUCUUGCACCCGCAGACCGGGGACCUGGUGCUGCAGUUUGGUCGUGUGGCCAAAGACUCAUUCAUCAUGGACUUCAGCUUCCCGCUUUGCCCACUCCAAGCAUUUGCCAUCUGCUUGUCCGGUUUUGAUUGUAAGCUGGCCUGUGAAUAACUCAAUAAAAUACCACCUUCUCACUGUGA